AUGUCCACGAUCAUAAUAAAUAGAGUACCUGUCUCUGGCAACAAAGAUGAUGAUGCCGGCCCCGUAGGAGAUCUAUAUUCCAAGAUUGACACUGGGGGAUUUGGCCUGUGGGUCUGUGCUGUCGUGGUGCUUGGGCUCUCGGCUGGUAUCAUCUCGAAAACACCACCAGGCCCGUUGCGGUCUGCGGCUUCAUACAAUCUGGCGGUGUCCGCGCUGGAAUUUUUCCUAGCCUUUAGCUCCUUCACCAAGCCCGCCCCGGCUAGGUUCAUCAUCAUCUUGGCCUUCACCACCAUAAUGUGGGGUGCUGCGUUUCCCUUGAUGUUUGUGAUGCGAAGUGACCGCGACACGUACAAGGUUAUCAAUCUGGACAAACGUGUCCUGCUCUCGAUUGGUACAGGGGUCGCCAGUAUUCUCCAGAACAUCACUAUUGCGUGUGGUUGUUUAGGCGUGUCUACAUUUAUUUUUAUUCUUUAUCAGUGGUCUUGCGUGUGUCGAUUGUCCUUGGGAAAAUUCAAUCCCGAGGAGAUUCGCCAGGCUUAUGAGAGACGAAGGAUAUAA